GCCGGCUGAGCUGAGUCUCACUGCUCUGUGCGCGGCGGCGGAGAGCCAGGCCUGGUAAGCACUGCCGCGGAGCCGGCUGGCUCUUGAAGGUUGUGCGCAGAAGAGGUACAGCGGCCGGGCAAGCGAGCGGCUCACCUCAGAAGUGGCACCAGGAUCGGUUGCCGUGAGCCUGAAAUCAUGACCACCCCAGGAAAAGAGAACUUUCGCCUGAAAAGCUAUAAGAACAAGUCCCUAAAUCCUGAUGAGAUGCGAAGAAGAAGAGAAGAAGAAGGACUUCAGUUACGCAAACAGAAAAGAGAAGAACAACUUUUCAAGCGAAGAAAUGUUGCUACAGCAGAAGAAGAAACAGAAGAAGUUAUGUCAGAUGGAGGCUUCCAUGAGGCCCAGAUUAACAAUAUGGAAAUGGCACCAGGUGGUGUCAUUACUUCUGAUAUGAUUGAAAUGAUAUUUUCCAAUAGCCCAGAACAACAGCUUUCGGCAACACAGAAAUUCAGAAAACUGCUUUCAAAAGAGCCUAAUCCUCCUAUUGAUGAAGUGAUCAGUACACCAGGAGUCGUGGCCAGGUUUGUGGAGUUUCUCAAACGAAAAGAGAAUUGUACACUGCAGUUUGAAUCAGCGUGGGUUCUGACAAAUAUUGCUUCAGGGAAUUCUCUUCAGACUCGGAUUGUGAUUCAGGCAGGAGCUGUACCCAUCUUCAUAGAGUUGCUCAGCUCAGAGUUUGAAGAUGUCCAGGAGCAGGCUGUCUGGGCUCUUGGCAACAUUGCUGGAGAUAGUACCAUGUGCAGGGACUAUGUUUUAGAUUGCAAUAUCCUUCCUCCUCUGUUGCAGUUAUUUUCAAAGCAAAACCGCCUAACCAUGACUCGGAAUGCAGUCUGGGCUUUGUCUAACCUUUGUAGAGGGAAAAGUCCACCUCCAGAAUUUGCAAAGGUUUCCCCCUGUCUGAAUGUGCUUUCCUGGUUGCUGUUUGUCAAUGACACCGAUGUAUUGGCUGAUGCCUGCUGGGCCCUCUCUUAUUUGUCAGAUGGGCCCAAUGAUAAAAUUCAAGCAGUCAUUGAUGCAGGAGUGUGCAGGAGACUUGUGGAGCUACUUAUGCAUAAUGAUUAUAAAGUGGUCUCUCCUGCUUUGCGGGCUGUGGGAAACAUUGUCACUGGGGAUGAUAUUCAGACACAGGUAAUUUUGAAUUGCUCAGCUCUGCAAAGUUUAUUGCAUUUGCUGAGUAGCCCAAAGGAAUCUAUCAAGAAAGAAGCAUGUUGGACAAUAUCUAAUAUCACAGCUGGAAAUAGGGCACAGAUACAGACUGUUAUAGGUGCCAACAUUUUCCCAGCCCUCAUUAGUAUAUUACAAACUGCUGAGUUUCGGACAAGGAAAGAAGCCGCUUGGGCCAUCACAAAUGCAACGUCUGGAGGAUCGGCUGAACAGAUCAAGUACCUUGUAGAACUGGGUUGUAUCAAGCCGCUCUGUGAUCUCCUCACAGUCAUGGACUCUAAGAUUGUACAGGUUGCCCUAAAUGGCUUGGAAAAUAUCCUGAGGCUUGGAGAACAAGAAGCCAAAAGAAAUGGCACUGGUAUUAAUCCUUACUGUGCUUUGAUUGAAGAAGCUUAUGGCCUGGAUAAAAUUGAGUUCUUACAGAGUCAUGAAAACCAGGAGAUCUACCAGAAGGCCUUUGAUCUCAUUGAGCAUUACUUCGGGACUGAAGAUGAGGACAGCAGCAUUGCACCCCAGGUUGACCUUAAUCAGCAGCAGUACAUCUUCCAGCAGUGUGAGGCUCCUAUGGAAGGUUUCCAGCUUUGAAGCAAUACUCUGCUUCCGUAUUCCUGUGUCAGACCAGGCUACCCAGUCAAGUCCUUUUGUGGAGCCCACAGUCCUCAUGGAGCUAACUUCUCAAAUGUUUUCCAUAAUACUGUUUGCGCUCAUUUGCUUGCCUUGCGCACCUGCUCUCUUACACACAUCUGGAAAACCUCUGGCUCUCUGUGGUGGAAAGCCUUCUAAUACAAGGGUAACCAGGACGGCCCACUCUCUUAUGGAAAAUCCCUAGGCUUUGGAGAUCUGCACUUAUAUAAGAGUCUUGGGAAUAUAUUCGUGUAUUAAUGUGGUUCCCUUUUUUUGUGGGGGAAAAGAGAGGACUCCUCAUUCCCUUAAAAGUGGGAAAAAUACUGACAAUAAAAGAUGAGACACAGCCUUUACCUUGAAUUUCACACAAUAACUUGCAACAAAGGAGAUGUUUAGACCUGUUGUGUUUACUUCAGAGUACUUUUCAUGAGUUCUUCCACAGUGAACCCGUGGAUCACCUGGUGGCUUUUUCUAGCCAAAUUUGCAUUACCCUCUGAGAAUGGAAUGAUUUUUUUUCUUCUAUUGGCGCCAUUCUUCACAGAUAACUAAACCAUCGACUCCCUCACCUUCAGCCUUCAGUGAAUGUGCUUUCUAGUUGUCAGGAAUGCUGAAGAAUUAACACUUUGACUCUUUAAUAUGAUACUGGUUUGCAGAUUCCUCUAGAGCAGAAAAGAGUGGGGCACAUAUUAAUAUGUAUUGCUGUUGCUUCUCUUUGGUCUUAUGUGUCUUAGGAUUUAGAAGUGGUUCCAUUCUAAUGCUGGGAUGAAGAUUUAAAAUCCUUAGUAAUCAAAACUAUAUCCUGUAAUUCAGUUGAGAAGUUUAAAACAAAAACUCCAGUCUCCCUAAACUCAGCCAGUGUGACUAGAGGCUGUGUUUCUGCAUUAAACAAAUGUUUCAGGCUUUAUGGUCCUGAUCAAGGUCCUCAUUAA